UUUUACAGUCUUACCUGCCAUUUGUUUUUACCGCAUACAGAGUAUAAAUAUUAGUGCCGCCUUCACGUUGUUCCUCUUCGUUCGCUCGCUCCGGCUAGCCCUAGCUUCUUUACUGCCGUAAUUCGUAAAUCUGAAGCACGUCUACUAAAAAACUCUAAGCUAUCUGGACUAUGGAGGAGUCAGAUAGAUUAAGUGAACUCCCUGCUGAUGUACUUGACAAGAUUAUGGGAUUGUUGUGGAUAGGAGAAGCUGCUAGAUGUGCAGUCUUGUCCACUGUUUUGAGAGAUGCUUGGUACAAUCUUACCCAGCUUGAUUUUGACGAUUCCUUCCAUGAUACCAUUUACUCAGAUUGUGAUGAUGACCCAGCCACUUGGCAUGAUACCAUCAACAACUACCUUAAGAAGCACAAUGGAAGCAUUAAAAAGUUUGGCAUUUAUUUUAGUCUCCAAGUAUAUCAAUGUGAAUUUGAUAAGUUGUUCCUUUCUGUGACGAAUAAAGGUGUUCAGGAACUCUACAUUAAGAUAUAUUGUGAUGAUCCUAUCAAAUACAGGCUGCCUGCUUGCAUAUUUAAAUGCCCUACACUGAAGAUUGUGCAAGCUUCUGGUGUUAAAAUUGACCCGAUAAAGGCCCAUUGUAUAUUUCCAAAUGUCACUUCUAUUUCUUUUAGUGAUGUUGACUUCAGCCCUAGGAGUUAUCAACUUCAUGCUGUUGAUGUUCCAAUGCUCCAAAAAUUGAUAUUUAGAGGAUGUAAAGACAUCUCUCAUUUUAACAUCACUGCUCCGGAACUCGGUAUUUUAUCAAUCAAAGGAUGUUACGUUGGCCGUGAUCAUGACAAUGACAAUGACCGCCAGAGUGAUAGUGAUGAAGAUAAUAACUACUAUGAAGAUGAUGACUCCCGCUAUGCAAAUGACUAUAGAAAUGAAUUCAGAAAGAGACUAUUUGAAUACCUUAUGUCUCAAGAACGGGACGAUGAUGAUGAAAGUGAUUACAAUGACAAUAGCGAUGGCGGAGGUGAUGAUGAUAGUUAUAUGUUUUGCUAUGACCCUCUCAAUGGAGAAGACAAAUCGGGUGGUGGGUUUCUCCCUGCAAACAUGGAUUUGGGAUCUAUUUGUGCACUUCAUCUGUGUUGUGAUGGUAUUGGGGCUGUUGUUGAUGACUUUAGAAUGAGACCUCAAAUGCCAGUGUUAGACGUGAAAUACUUAAACCUCUCAGGUGACUAUUCUCCAGAUUCAGAUAGUAACACUAAGUUAGUGAGUUUGCUGCGCAGUUGCCCAAAAUUAUGCAAACUUGAGAUAUGUUUUCAGCUUCAUGGGUUUGAGUCCCCGGAUUGUAGUGGAAGUUUAUCUGAUCUUUUGGAAGGACAUCACAAUCUAUAUUACAGACACAACGCCCUCCAAGUUUUGAAGCUUAGCUUAUUCUCAGGGUCCAAAUCUGAAUUGCAAUUUAUAACGGGACUAAUAGCUUGCUUCCCAACAUGUAAGAAGGUGCUUGUUUGUUGUCCGAAAAGGUUCCGGUCCAUGGAGAAGGCAAAAAUUAAAGAGGAGAUUUUGAGUUCUUGUGGUGCCUCAUCAGCAGCAAAAAUCUAUUUGAAGUGAGAAGCCAUUUGAUUUUAUCCAUCUCCUAAACCCCCUCAUGAUAUGUAAUGGGAGGAAGCUGAUCUCUUCUGCUCUGAAGCAGCAAGGAAUUUCAAUAUAUAUUAGUGAAAUGAUCUUUGCGUUUUAAGAUGGUUUGUUAGAACAAAAUUGAGUUUAAUAAUGUGGUAGGACUCAACUCUCAAGUGCAUAGACUGUUAAACCUUAUCUGGCUGUCUGGCUGUUCGUAAUUGGGGAGAGAACAAUUGAGCUCCCAACGACCAUCCCCUCCCUUCCCUUUACAUGGGGUUUUCCAUUCUCCUUUUUAUUUUUUUAAGCAGUUCUAUAUUACUCUUGUUGAAAACAGGCAAACAUGGAAGCUGCUACAGUAUCGUUAAAAAUGGACUAUUAGUAUGAUUUUAGAGAAAAUUGACAGUGUUUGAGAAAAAGUAUGUUCGAAAAAAGUGAAAGUUGAUAGUGUUGAUAAAAAAGUCUUGGGA